CCCCCCAGCGCCCUGCUCCUGCCGCCAGCGGCCGCCGCGGUGCCCGGCACCGAGCGGGAGCUGAACCCCAGCAGUCGGCUGGCCGCGGGGGCGGCCAGGGUGGCCCUGCACUACCUCAACUUCCAGACGGCGUCCCCCGGGGCGCUGCAGGCGCUGGGCCAGGUCCGCAAGGCCACGCUGAAGAGCAUCCCAGACUCCGGGCACAAGUAUUACCUGCAGUUCACCACCGAAGACUACAAAAGCAGGGAAAAUGCCGGGAGCUGCCUUGCUACAGUGUUGUAUCCGAAGAAGAAGUCUGUGCCCGUUGUGAACAUCAAGUGCAUCCCCACCAAAGACGAGAAACAAGUCCAAGAAGAGGACAACAGACUUUACCAAAAAAUUAGGCACCGAACCAAACCAAUAAUUGGAAGCAAUAUUCCAGACAGCUAUGGAAAUAUUGAGCCUGCCCUGGAGCCCGCCUGGGCCUUGGCUGUCGCUGGCAGCAGUUUCAUAAUGUGGGAAAAGUCAACAGAGAGCUUGGGUUACUCCAUGGCACAAGUCAAGUCUGUGAAGCAGUGGAUAAGGAAAGAUGAUUUUAUUGAGUUUGACUACACUGUCCUACUCCACGAAAUUCCAACACAGGAAAUUGUUUCAUGUCACAUGCGCCUCACUUGGCUUCCUGAUCACCCCCUGAAAGUGAAAUACUUCUGUGCUUCAGAGGAUCGGGGGCUCGAGGACGGGUCUGGAAUGGAGUCUGGAUCAGCUGCUGGGAUGCUACAUGAAAAGGGAGCAAAUUUUUAA